ACGCGCCACCACCACUACUUCGUUUUCUCACACCAACUACAACAUUAUCACUCAUCAAACGUCAACUCCAUCAUCAUCUUCAUCUUCAUCACCAUCGUAGAACUCUUACUCUCUUCUCACAUUCUCUUCGCGCCUCACACUUCUCCAUGACCGCACUUAUCAACAACAAAAACGCCGCCGCCGGUGAUUCAUCGACGGAGCACGUCACCGGCGAAUGGCAAUCGGUGCCGGAGCUCCAGCUUCGUGAUCACCGAUUCACUGUACCUCUUGACUACUCUCGUGGCACUCAUUCUUCUCCUAAGAUCACGGUUUUUGCUCGUGAAGUCGUUGCAGGUGGAGGUGUGGAGUUGGAAUCUGGAAUCUGGAUCAUUAAACUUUUAGUUGGGAAAGUAGAGCAAACAUUGCCAUACCUGUUAUAUUUGCAAGGUGGACCUGGGUUUGAGUGCAUGCGGCCAACUGAGUCUAGCGGAUGGAUUCAGAAAGCUUGUGAAGAAUUUCGUGUAAUCUUGAUGGAUCAGCGAGGAACGGGAUUAUCAACUCCUCUGUCUGUGUCAUCAAUGUCGCAAUUCAAAUCUGCACAAGAAUUAGCCGACUUCUUAAAACACUUUAGAGCUGAUAAUAUAGUAAAUGAUGCAGAGUUCAUCCGAGUACGAAUUGUUCCAAAUGCUGGACCUUGGACAAUUUUGGGACAGAGUUAUGGUGGUUUUUGUGCAGUCACGUAUUUGAGUUUUGCACCCCAAGGACUGAAGCAAGCCUUUCUAACAGGAGGAAUUCCUCCAAUUGGAGAUGGAUGUACGGCAGAUUCGGUGUACAGAGUAGGCUUUGAGCAAGUUGUAAAUCAAAAUGAGAAGUAUUACAAGCGAUACCCUCAGGAUAUUAAAGUAAUUCAAGAACUUGUUAAUUAUUUAGCAGAAAAAGAAGGAGGAGGGGUGGCCCUUCCAUCCGGGGGAAUCUUAACCCCAAGAGGGUUGCAAAUUCUUGGUCUCUCUGGCUUAGGAUCUGGAGCCGGUUUUGAGCGCAUGCAUUAUCUGUUUGAGAGAGUGUGGGAGCCUACGUUAGUUCCGGGAGCACCAAAGAGAAUAAGUUACUAUUUCUUGAGUUCUUUCGAGAAGUCAUUAGUUUUUGAUACUAAUCCACUGUAUGCCCUCAUGCAUGAGUCCAUCUAUUGUCAGGGUUCUCCUAGUAGAUGGUCUGCUCAUAGAAUAAGGAAUGAAAUUAAUGACAAGUUCGAUGCAAUUAAGGCGGCUAGAGAAGGACUACCUGUACUCUUUACAGGAGAGAUGAUUUUCCCAUGGAUGUUUGAUGAGAUUCAAGCCUUGAAACCGUUCAAAGAUGUAGCUGAUAUUUUGGCCGAGAAGAAGGAUUGGCCCCCGCUCUACAACGUCCAAGCUUUGAAAGACAACAAGGUACCCGUUGCUGCAGCUGUUUACUACGAAGAUAUGUAUGUGAAUUUUAAACUGUCCAUUGAAACAGCUUCUCAAAUAGCAGGGAUCAGGCUCUGGAUAACUAAUGAGUUUAUGCAUUCUGGCUUGCGAGACGGAGGGGGAAAAGUUCUUGAUCACUUGCUGGGAAUGUUGAAUGGGAGGAAACCUCUUUUCUGAUCACCAUUGCAACUCCUCUCGCUCCCUUCACCUAUGUUUGGUUUUCCGUUUGCAGUUUCCAAAUCAUGGUUUGGAGGACGGAAAACCAAACAUGCAGUUAGACUUAUGGAAUCACACCUGAUUAUAAGUUUCCAGCUUUUUAUGAUAGACAGUCUUGAAGUCUUUAUUGUUACUAAGUCUUUGAACUCUGACUCCAUAGAAUCUUCAUUUAUUAAAGUAUAAUCUUGUAAGAUUGUACUUCUUACCAGUUGAAAUACAUAGUACUUCAUGCA